GCGGGGCGGCGCGGCUGGGCUCGGCGCGGCUCGGCGCGGCUCGGCCAGCCCUCUGCGCCUCCCCGCCACGCCAUGGAGAGCAGCCGCGCCGGGCGGCAGCCGCAGCCGCAGCCCCAGCCGGUCCAGGGGAAGCCACUGUCCCUGAUGGGAGACAGCGUGCCCCCUGCUCCCUCGCCCGGGGAUGCUCUGCAGGGAGGCUGCUCCCCACAACAGCGCGACAGACCCGUCCCUCCAGCCGUCGUCCCCUCCAGACAGCCCGUCUCGCCCGUCCCUCCAGCCAUCACCCCCUCUGAAAGCACCACCUCUCCCAUCGCUGCAGCCAUGACCCCCUCCAGGCAGCCCAGCUGCCCCCCGCCCAUGACACCCCCCUCCGAGAGCUGCACCCCACAGCCUGACCGACCCGUCCCCCCGGCUGCCACGCCGUCAGGACAGCCCAUCCCCCCGGCCCCUGCAGCUGCAGCCCCCUCAGCAGAGAGUGUGUCCCCUCCCCGCUGUGACCGUGCCCCCCCCAGCCCCUCCCGGCCCCCUGUGACAGAGCACCCCAAAGAAGAGGCAUCGCCCCACACCGCUGGCCAGCCAGACCCCGUCCAUGCUGCUGCUGCUGCUGCCGCCCCUCACCCGGCAGAGAUGCUGCCCCAUGGGAGAGAAUCCCCAGCCCUGGCUGCUGGUGAAGGGGCUCCUUCCGAUGCCAAGAGCCCCCCGGGUGCCACGGCCAGGCCCUCGAAGGAUGUGUCCCCCCGGAGUGACCGUCCCCAGCCCGCUUCAGGCUCACCAGCUCCUGCUGCCAGCCCCAGGCCCAAGCAAGAUGCCCAGAAAGCCCAGGCGAGGCACAAGCAGGCAAAGGAGCGGCGUGAGGAGCGGGCCAAGUACCUGGCUGCCAAGCGGGUGCUGUGGCUGGAGAAGGAGGAGAAGGCCAGGCUGCUGCGGGAGAAGCAGCUGGAGGAGCGUCGCAAGCGCCUGGAGGAGCAGCGGCUGAAGGCGGAGAAGCGCCGCGCGGUCCUGGAGGAGCGGCAGCGGCAGAAGCUGGAGAAGAACAAGGAGCGCUACGAGGCAGCGAUCCAGCGGUCGGCCAAGAAGACGUGGGCAGAGAUUCGGCAGCAGCGGUGGUCGUGGGCCGGAGCCCUGCACCACGGCUCCCCUGCACACAAGGACGGUGCGAGCCGGUGCUCGGUGUCCGCCGUAAACCUCCCCAAACACGUCGACUCUAUAAUCAACAAGCGGCUCUCCAAAUCCUCUGCCACCCUCUGGAACUCUCCCAGUAGAAACCGGAGCCUGCAGCUGAGCCCGUGGGAGAGCAGCAUCGUGGACAGGCUGAUGACGCCCACCCUGUCCUUCCUGGCUCGCAGCCGCAGCGCCGUGACCCUGGCCGGGAAUGGCAAGGAGCAGGUGCCCGUGUGCCCCCGCUCAGCCUCCGCCAGCCCCCUCAGCCCCUGCCACAACCACCGCCUGCAGCACCGCUGCUGGGAGAGGCGGAAGGGGGCCGCCGGCAGCCCCGACGUGACGCCGCGCCGCAGGACCGAGUCCUCGCCCAAGAAGAAGGAGAAGAAGGAGAAGGAGCGGGAGAACGUGAAGGAGCGCAGUGCCCUGUCCCGCGAGCGCAGCCUCAAGAAGCGGCAGUCGGCACAGCCCCGGCUCUUGCCCGCAGCAGACAGCAGCCCUGGCCCAAAGAACCGUCCCUCGUCCCCUGCCACCCCCAAAGCCCGUCCAGCAUCCCCCAGCCCAGCCCUCGGCUCUCCCCACAAGCCGCCCCUGCCCCGCAGCACCCACUCCUCUCCCAAGGUGCGAGCCAGGGCCCGGGAGGAGCGGGGGGAGCAGGAGGGUCAGGUGAAGGCGCGUGAGAAGAAGGAAGAGGAGCGGGGUCCAGCGCCCCCAACCCUCCCCGAGUCCCCCAAAGUGCCUGCAGAGCCAGCAGCAGCCCCCCCGGCCUCUGCAGCCCCUGUCCCCGUGCCAGCCACCCCCCCAGCGAGACCCCCAGCCGGCACCACGGACCGGGAGGAGGCCGCCCGGCUGCUGUCGGAGAAGCGUCGGCAGGCACGCGAGCAGCGGGAGCGCGAGGAGCGGGAGCGCCGGGAGCAGGAGCAGCGGGAGAGGCAGCUGCAGGAGGAGCGGGCGCAGCAGGCAGCCGAGGAGCAGAGGCGCAGGGAGGCUGAGGCGCGGCGGCGGGAGGAGGAGCGGCGGCUGCAGGAGGAGCGCGAGGCGCAGGAGAGAGCGCGAGCCGAGCGGGAGGAGACGGAGCGGCUGCAGAGACAGAGGGAAGAGGCCGAGGCGAAGGCGCGCGAAGAAGCCGAGAGGCAGCGCCUGGAGCGGGAGAAGCAUUUCCAGCGUGAGGAGCAGGAGCGGCUGGAGAGGAAGAAGCGCCUGGAGGAGAUCAUGAAGAGGACACGCAAGUCGGACGCAGCAGAUGCCAAGAAGAAGGAGGACAAGAAGGUGGUGAAUGGGAAAGCAGUUGAGCAGGAAGAUGUCGCAGCCCCAGGCCAAGAGAAGCACACGGUGCCAAUGCCCAAGAAGGAGGAACUCCCUGAGAUGGAGACGCCGAGCACGGGGACUCCAGCGGGGCUGAAGAGCCUGGUGGGUGAGGGGCUGCAGCCAAGCUCCCUGGCCAAGGAGGUGGCAGCCCCAGCAUCGCUGGUGAAUGGGGUGCAGCCUGGCAAGCACGAGAACGGCUUCUCGGGCACUAAGGGGUCACAGGAGCUGCUGGAGCUCUCCCACCACGGCAGCAGCCCCGGCAGCAUCAUCCCCUUCGGUGACAAGGAGCCCUUCCUCAAGCAGGCCGUGGUCAAACCCCCGCAGGUGACAGAGGUGCUGUGAGGGCUCAGGCCCUGACACACGUCUCCACGGGGCCACUGCCCACUCUGGACACCCACACAGAACCGUAGCUGUUGUCAGAAGAAAAGGAAACCUCGCUGCUCCCCUUCAUCCCACUGCAGGGACCCCGUGCCGUGGGUCCCUGGGGACACCUGGUUUCUCUUUUUGUUCUUGUUCUGAUUUCAUUUGUUUUUGUUUUGUUUCUUUUUUUUAAAAUAUGCACCUUAUCAGACUGACAGCCCUGACCCCGAGCAGCCUGCCAGAGCCACCCCACACCCCGUGGUGUCAUAAUGUAGUUAUUUAACUUGCUGGGUACAAUGUAUGUGAAUACUGUAAAUAGAGCUCGGCCAGAGAUCAGGGACGCUCGCCUGGCCCAGCCCCACACGGGGCAGGAGGGCUGGGGGGGCUGCCUGCCACUCGCAGGGAGGCCGGGGAGGGGUCAGUGCCCACCCCCUGUGGCGUGUGCCCUUGUGACAGUGUUAAUGCAUCCGGACAACCUUUGUGAAACAAUAAAAGUGGACAACUGCC